AUGGCGAAGCGGGAGCCCGAGGCCGACAGCCAUGUGCGAGUUGAUGAUGAAGCUGUCAAUCCUGAAUUUUCAGUCUUACCCAUAAAGAUGCAGGGGCUAAGUCCUCACAAGUCUCUGACAGACGAGGCCUCGACAAACACAGAGGAGACCUUCUGCUGGCUGAACCUGGGCUCACCACUGCGGGGAAACUGCUUGCUCUGCAUGUGGGAGGAUCUUCCAGAAGUGACGCCAAAGAUAAUCAAAGACUUUUUGAAGAACUGCAUCACGUACCGAGCUCACCUCCACAGCGCAGGCGUCUUCCGGUGCUCCAUCACACGCCUCAGCUUCGAGGUGAAGUCGGCAGUGACCAUCACCUACAGAUAUGCCACCUGGACCAGGCACCUGAGCAAGGCUGACCAGGACAUGUGGGUGCCCGCUGGACCCCUCUUCCACAUCGAGGUGCAACCUGAGGUCGUGCAGGCGGUGCAUCUCCCCCACUUCAUCUGCCUGGCAGGACAUGUAAAUACCAGCCUGUGCGCCAUUGCCCAUUUUAAAUCUGGGAAGAUGACCCUGGAGAGACCAACCAGGCUGAUGACUUUCUCUGCUGUUCUGGAGAAGCCCAGCUUCUCACUGCUUGGGGUGCUUUGGAGGAAGUUACGUUCAACCUUAAAUUCAUUCCCUAUGCACUCCUUGGUGCUGAUCUUCCAGCAGCUCAGUGCUGCAAAUACAACUCUUCACCUCUACUUGAUCCCAGAUGACAACUCUGUGAAGCAGGCCGUUGAAAAACAAGAAAUGAACUGGAAUUCAAAGCUUAUUCCCAAGCCUCCUCCAUUCAACCCUCUGUUCUUCGGCAGCAAUUACCAGGUGACCAGUACAAGUUCCGUGGUGAUAACACCUCAGUGGAUGACCAGUGUCACGCCAGCCACUGGUGAGAAGCUGCUGGAACAAGAGACCUUGGUUCCCAAUCCAGUGCCAAUACCUCAGACCUGUCUGCUUCCCUGA